AUGGAGCGCAAAAGAAAAGGCUCUAACGGGAUUCCCUACCAUGAAUCACGAGUCCCACCUAGCAAGCGUCAUGAGCUCGACCGAGAAGCGAAGCCCAAGCUCGCUCAUCACAAAUAUACCGUAGGUUGGAUUUGCGCUAUAGACACGGAAUACGUCGCGGCACAGGAGUUUUUGGACGAGGAGCAUGCACACCCUCACAACCUCCCUCCGAAUGAUGGAAACCACUACACAUUUGGCAGAAUCGGCCUGCAUAACGUUGUAAUGGCCGUUCUAGCGGAGUAUGGAAUCGCGUCAGCGACGGCGGCUGCAAAGAAUAUGCAGCACAGCUUUCCCAACGUUGAGAUCCGGUUAAUGGUGGGAAUUGGCGGUGGCGCCCCGUCUUCAAAAAAUGACAUCCGCCUUGGCGAUAUCGUCGUCAGCGCUGGCUCUAAUGGGCGGAGCGGUGUGUUUCAAUACGACUUUGGAAAAGACAUUCAAGGCCAAAAUUUUCAACGAACCGGAGUCUUGGGUCAGCCGCCUGAGCGCUUAUGUGGAGCGGUCGUGGGGCUCCAGGCCCGGUACAGGAGAGAAGGGCACCGAAUCGAAGAGGCUAUCGAUGACAUUCUUCAUCAUAACCCAAACUUGAGGAGUCACUAUACCCGCCCGAGUUCGGAUGACGACAAGCUGUACAAGAGCAGUUUUGUUCACCUCCAAGACGGUGGAGAACCCUGCGCUGCAGUCUGUGAAUAUGGUCCUUCAAACUGUGUGGAGAGACCUGCACGGGCUGGGAACAAGCCUGUUGUUCACUAUGGUGUAAUUGCUUCAGCUAACCAGGUCAUGAAGAACGCCGAGACUCGGGACAAACUUGCAGCUGAAGAUCAUGUCCUAUGCUUUGAAAUGGAAGCUGCAGGCCUGAUGAAAAACUUUCCUUGCUUGGUUAUUCGCGGUAUAUGCGACUACUCAGACACCCACAAAAACAAGCAGUGGCAAGGAUAUGCAGCAAUGACAGCUGCUGCAUACGCGAAAGAUCUCCUUAACGAGCUCAGCCCGCUGUGCUGUGCCUCACCCGCUGCCACGUCAACUGAAUUAUGGAACUCGACAACAGAGUUUCAUCGGAAAGAUCAAAUCGACGAGCGGCGGCAACAAAUUCUGGAGUCAUUGAGCUUCAGCCAAAUUGACGCUCGAAAGCUGACUAUCAAGAACGCACAUGCUGAUUCAUGCAAAUGGGUGCUGAACAGCUCGGAGUAUCGUGACUGGCUGGAUCCUACCAAACGCGAAGCACAUGAUGGCUUCUUUUGGAUUAAAGGAAAGCCAGGAGCGGGCAAGUCGACCCUAAUGAAGUUUAUCUCUACAUGGCACCGAAAGGAAACGCCACGAGACACCAUCAUUACCUUCUUUUUCAACGCGCGAGGCGAGGAACUGGAAAAGUCAACAAUUGGGAUGUAUCGAUCACUGCUCUUUCAGCUCAUCGAUGGCCUUCCCCAACUUCGGACCAUAUUGGACUUUCCUGACUUGAUGGCACCCAACACUGGGCCCCGCGAGUGGACCAUUGAUCUCCUCAAAAUUGCCUUUGAAAAGGCUGUCUUGAAGCUCGAGAAUUCGUCUGUAACAUGUUUUGUUAACGCACUGGAUGAGUGCGACGAGGACCAAAUCCGAGAAAUGGUUUCGUUCUUCAAGCAAAUGAGCGAAGAAACUACAUCGACUCGGGUGAGUUUUCAAGUUUGCUUUUCGAGCAGACAUUAUCCUCAAAUCAACAUAUCGAAGGCUGUAAACCUCGUGCUUGAAACAAAGCAAGGGCACGAGGAUGACAUCGUCAAAUAUAUAAGCAGCAAGCUGAAAAUAGGCAAAGGUAAAAUUGCCCAAGAGGUCCGCCAUGAUCUUCAGAAAAAGGCAUCUGGAGUUUUCAUGUGGGUUGUAUUGGUUGUGGACAUCUUGAUCAAGGAAUGCGACCGUGGCCGCAUCCAUGAACUUCGAAAACGUCUCAAAGAACUUCCUAGCGACCUUGACAAACUGUUUCGCGAGAUUUUGACCCGCGAUCACCAUAACCGAGACAGAUUACUCUUAUGUCUCCAAUGGGUGCUCUUCGCAAAAGAGCCGCUGAGGCCAGAGCAACUGUAUUUUGCAAUACUGUCCGGGAUUGAGGAUGAGUCAACUGAGGCUUUGUCAGACUGGGAUCCUGAGGACAUUACGACCGAUAUCAUGGAGCGAUUCAUCAUUGGCUCAUCAAAGGGUCUGACUGAGGUUACCAAAGCAAAGGAGCCAAAAGUCCAGUUCAUUCACGAGUCAGCGCGAGACUUUCUACUGAAACACCACGGACUGAGCCAAAUUUGUGGCGACCUUCGGGGCAAUAUUGAAGGGCAAUGUCACGAUAGAUUGAAGCAUUGUUGUCUCAAAUAUCUAUCUGUUGCCGCAGCCAUGGAGAUCGACCAAGCUUUCUCUCCUGCUUCCUCCGAUGAAGCUACCAUGUUUCGUCGUUCUACAGAGGAGAGAUUGCCCUUUUUGCGAUAUGCUACAAAGCAGAUUUUUUAUCACGCAGACACCGCGGAAGGAUUAGGAGUCAGUCAAAGUGGGUUUCUCCACACAUUUGAUCUUCCUGAAUGGAUAGCUCUGGAUAAUCUCCUUGAGAAACACAAAUACGCCGACACACUACCCACGCCAGUCUCUUGUAUAUUUUAG